GACAACCCCUCGUCCUAUAGCCCCCCCAAAGGGAAGGAAAAACUCCUUAAAUUAAAAAGAACUCCCUUAAUUAAGAAGGAAUUAAUAGUUAAAAAUCAACCGAUCAUAUCGUUGGCUAAAAGGACAAACCUACAGCCUUGCAAUUGCCAUUAAGUGCCUGUUUAUUUAUUUUUUAUUAGAUUAAGCCUCCAUCAUUUCAAUUUUCUAUAUUGGUUUUUGAGCCCGCUGUUUCAAUUAGACAAGUGGCAAGAGAAGAUUGUUUGAUUGGGGCCUGGUUUUCCUUAAAUCCCAGUUAAACCUUUGGGAUCCCCAGUGAUAAGAUCACUGACGAGUGACGACACCCAUGGUACGACCAGGGUGGCAGAGAGAUGCGCUGUUGGGUCAUCUCUCUUGCACCGCCGGUCGUUUUCGGAACCAUGGACAGCAGCCACACAACUUGGGGCGCCAAUUCGGAGCUUCCUAUGACAGAAAUGACCGCGUCGCCGACCAUUUUCCCACGUGUGGGCUAUAGUAUAAUUUCUUUCCUCAUGUUCAUUAACACAAUUGUAUCCGUUUUUAAUAAUUCUCUUGUGAUUGCCGUGAUGGCGAAGACCCCUACUUUGCUCAGCCCUAUGAACGCUAUUGUCUUGGGUCUUUCCGUGUCAGACCUCAUGAUUGCUCUUUGCGGUUCGCUAAUCGUCACCAUGACCAAUUAUCGUGGGUAUUUCUUUCUUGGGGACAGAGUCUGUAUUUUUCAAGGAUUUGCAGUCAAUUAUUUUGGUCUGGUGUCCCUCUGCACCCUGGCGCUGCUGGCCUACGAGCGCUACAACGUGGUGUGCCGGCCCCAGGCGGGCUUCAAGCUCACCAUGCGGCGGAGCAGACUGGGCCUGCUCUUCGUCUGGGGCUUCUGCCUGUUCUGGGCCGUGGCUCCGCUGCUGGGCUGGAGCUCGUACGGCCCCGAGGGAGUGCAGACCUCCUGCUCCCUGGGCUGGGAGGAACGGUCCUGGAGCAACUACAGCUACCUCAUCCUGUACACGCUGCUGUGCUUCAUCGGGCCGGUGACCGUCAUCAUCUACUGCUACACCAAAGUGCUCGGCUCCAUGAGAAAGCUGAACCGCAGUGUCGAGCUCCAGGGCGGCCGUCCGAGCGCGGAGGAGAACAAGCGGGCCAUCCGCACGGUGUUCUUCAUGAUCGCGGCCUUCUUCGUGUGCUGGCUGCCCUACACCGUGCUGUCGGUGGUGGUGGUGGUGGCGCCGGGCGUCCACAUCCCCCCGCUGGUCGCCACCAUGCCCAUGUACUUCGCCAAGACCAGCCCCAUCUACAACCCCCUCAUCUACUUCCUGUCCAACAAGCAGUUCCGCGACGCUGCCCUGGAGGUGUUGUCGUGCGGCCGGUACAUCCCCCGCGGGCCCGUCUCCUCCGGCCUGGCCAUGACGGCCGCGAGCCGCAGGAACGCAGCGGAGCAUCCCCACAGAGGCGUCAGAGGCAGCACGCUCAACCGAGUGCUGCCUCUGUGACUCCUGGGCCCUCCAGCGAACCCCCCC